AUGUCAACUGAAUAUCCUUUAGCAGGAAGCCCCGAGAUAUCAGAAUCCCCAAAAUACGAGUGCUCAUUAUGCCUCAAGCGGUAUAAGCGACGUGAACACCUAUUCCGCCACAUCAGCUCCCAUACAUCACAGCGGCCAUACCAAUGCAAUUCAUGCGACGGAGCUUUCCAGCGCGCUGAUGUUUUGAAGCGACAUCUGCGGACCUGUGAUGGCGGCACCUCGAGAGCAAGCACCCGAAGACGGGCUUGCGAUCGUUGCGUUCGUCAGAAAAAAGCCUGUAGUUCCCAUCAACCAUGUCACAGCUGCUCCAAAAAGGGUGCCCAGUGUUGGUAUUCUACAGACACAGGGUCUUCAUCACGACUAAGCCAGCGCAGCCCAACGAAAGAUCCGCCAAAAGAUCAAGACCUGAAUACCCAAUUCACGGAUCCACCGCCACCGCCAUCGACAUCGACAUCUAAUACAAUGAUGCCGUGGGGCUUCACUAUGGAGGACUUGCAGAACUUUGGUACAAGUCCGACCAAUACCUUCUUUGAUCCUGUUCCUAUGCAAUACACCAGUCCAAAUUGGCCGGAUUUUUCGGCAUUACCUUCCGAAGGCCCGGCAGCUUUCGAAACACCUGUUUCUAGUGACAACCCCCGGAAAUCGCUGCACUUUCUGGACAAAUUUACUAGCAACACGGGUCUAGUGUCAAGCUUUGAUUGCGGCACCCAUGAGCAAAGAGAACAAGUCGCUGCCAGCGUAGACCAGCAAAUAUUGUCUGAGUUACAGCAGAGAAUAAUGUCAACGCCGGCCUUAGGCAUGGAUAUUCCAUCUCCUUUGAUUCUGGAAAGUAACAGUGAUACAAGUUCAACCAGCGAAUUACCACUGGAUUGGUUCAAUGACCCACUUUCCUUGAAGACUCAUGAGAUUCUUCUUUUAGUCGAAGAAGUGGUCACGGUCAAACCGCGCAACAGUUCCGUCACCUUGGACUGGUCAUCAGCACUCAGGGAUGCCUGUCUACAAUUCUUCUCUCCUUCGAACAUAAGAAGGUUUCUGGGAUUUUACUGGGCAAUAUGGCAUCCUAAUGUGAACUUUGUGCACCGGCCUACCUUCGACAUGCUGGCAGCGAAACCAACAGUCCUAGCUGCAAUGGCUCUAAUCGGUGAGACAGCCUCCUAUUAUAUGCCUGACAACGAAGAUGCGCGCACUUGGUUCAACUGUGUGGAAGAAAUGGUUUUCAUUGACGACGAUUUCAACAGUGAUCUGACCUACCAAUCAUCUGGCAACAUAGCUAUUCAAAGACGCAAGAUUCAGGCUGUACAAGCAGCCUACAUAAAUUGGGAGGGUGCGGAUGCUAGCAAGAGUCGCAUUCGACGUUACCGUUUUGCUACUCUGGUAUCUUGUAUUAAUGUACCAAAGACCGCUCGUGAUAUAGGCAUUACGGCGGCGAGACAUCUGAACUACAGCGAGCUAGGCCGCCAUGAGUUCGAAUGGAAAGAAUAUGCAGCUAGAGAGGAACUCAUUCGUCUAUUCACUUGGAUCUUUUUGCUAGAUUCAGCAUUCGUCAUUUUUAACAACCUCCCUCCGCGGAUGGUCAUCAAAGAAAUAAGGAUGCAUAUGGCAACACCGGAAGCUUGCUUUCAAGCGACAACGGCAGACCAAUGCCACCACCAAAUCCAACUCUUCCUGCCUGCAAGAAGUCUAUACUGGACCACUUCAUUCCGUGGGUCCUUCGAGUCACUAUGUAAAGACGAUUUAUCCGUCAAUAUCCGCGACCUCCUCGCUACCCUAGGUCCAUUAAACUUAUUCGCAUUAACAUCAGCAAUCCAUUCACAAAUCUUCCAGUUCCGCAGCGCGGUAGGCAGCUUCCAACUCCGAGCCCCGAUACAAAAUGCACUCAGAAACUGGCGAGACAUCUGGCAGUUGUUCUCAUCGACGUUCCCCCAAGGAAUCACACCACAUGUGACAAUCGAAGACCCUCAAAUUCAACCCGAGGAGCUCUGGAAACGAAUGGGAUUCUCCCGCUAUGCCCCCGAGUACUGGCUCCUAGCCCACUUGAUGGCAGAUCGAUUGGCAGUACCUGGCACAUCCAAGCCGGAGAAUGAGUUGGAGCCGCUUGACGAGGGUCCGCUGGACCCAAUUCUGAAUCGAUAUGACCAAACUAGUAUGCGCCAGGUCAAUGAUCUGAUAAUGGGCUUUCAGACCUUCCAGAUUUGA